GGUAUUUUUUUUCAUGGCGGCGCCCUUUUACUGAGUGUAAAAACGCGUAUAGACAAAAACGAAUACUGGGCUACAUAAACUGUGUUGAGCUACAUUUCCAGUUAAUAGAAAACUCUUACCACGUCCGUUAUAUUCUGAAGAAAUGCUGAGACUGGGAAGCUUGUUUUCAUAAAUACGACUGCCGCUUCGGUGAGAACAUGACUUCUGCAGAGCCUCCAGAAUAACAUCAGGACACAACAAAGACAUUAUCAAAUACAGAUGACAAAGACAUCUAAACAAGAAGCCCCUGAUGAAAGAAGGUCCAUUAUGAACCAUCAGGACCCAGAACUUUCCAUAAAGGAGGAGGAGGAGGAGGAAUUCCCGACCAGUCCGCUUGCCACUGAUGUCGAUCAGCUGUUGGUGGUUAAAACAGAAGCCCCUGAUGAGUGGUCCUGUGGUCUGGACUAUCAGGACCCAGAAGGUGACAUAAGGGGAGAACUCUCGAGCAGUCCACUGGCCACUGAUGUCCUGCAGCUGUUGGUGGUUAAAGAAGAAGUGCCUGAUGAAUUGGGCUACAGGAUAAACCAUCAGGGACCAGAACUUCACAUAAAGGACGAAGUUGCAGCCAGUACAUUGACAACUGACAUCCAGAAGCUGGUCGUCGUUAAAGAAGAAGUCCCUGAUGAAUGGAGCUUUACUGUAACCCAUAGGAACCCAGAACCUUUCCAGUGUUAUGAUGAGGAAGAGGAUCACCCUUCUAAUAGCAGUAUUGAUUUUGACAAUUAUGAUGACUGGCAGACAGAGACGGUGCGAGAAUCUGAGGGAAAUAACAAUGUGGGAUAUAACACUGCCAGAAAAUUUUUUAGCUGUUCUAUCUGUCGCAAGCAGUUCCUGUACAAGGAGUCUUAUCAGAAACACAUGAAAUCCCAUUUAGAAAAAAGUGAUUUCAGCUUCCAAGUUACUGAGAACGGUUUCCUUGGAAAGCCAACCUUAGAAUCAGAGAUGAUAGAUUUAGAGAAAGCAUUUGGUUGCGAUGUUUGUGGCAAAACAUUCCACCAAAGGUCAUAUCUUUAUAGACACAAGCGAACCCACAAAGGAGAGAAAGCUUUUAGCUGUGAUAUCUGCGGGAAAGCAUACAUUGAUAAGUCAACCCUUAACAAACAUAUGAGCAUCCACAGCGGAGAGAAAGCAUUUGGUUGUGAUGUUUGUGGUAAAACGUUCAUCCAAAAGUCCAAUCUUUAUAAACACAAGAGAAUCCACACGGGAGAGAAACCAUUUGGCUGUGAUGUUUGUGGUAAAGCAUUCAUUUAUAAGUCUAUCCUUAAUGGCCAUAUGUUGGUCCACACAAGAGAGAAAGCGUUUGGCUGUGAUGUGUGUGGUAAAACAUUCACAGAAAAAUCCAAUCUCCAUAAACACAAGAGAAUCCACACAGUUGAGAAGUCAUUCGGAUGUGAUGUUUGUGGUAAAUCGUUCAUCAGUAAGUCGACCCUGAACAGACACGUAGGGAUUCACGCUGUGGACAAACCAUUCAGCUGUUUGGUCUGUGGUAAAACCUUCCAUCAAAAAGUAGUUCUCAAUAGGCAUAUGGGCAUCCACACCUUGGAGAAAUCGCUCGAGUGUGAUGUCUGUGGUAAAAUGUUCAAACAAAAGGCACACCUUGCUACACACAAAAGAAUCCACACAGGAGAAAAACCAUUUAUCUGUGACGUGUGUGGGAAGGCAUUCAACCGGAAGGAGAGGCUUUGCUCACACAAAAGAAUCCACACUGGAGAAAAACCAUUCGGUUGUGAUUUUUGUGGUACAAUGUUCAAUGACAGCUCAACCCUUAGGAAACACAUGAGGAUCCACACUGGGGAGAAGCCCUUUGGCUGUGAUGUUUGUGGCAAAAGAUUUCGAUUCAGAUCUAAUGUCAAAAAGCAUAUGAAUACCCACACAGGAUAGAAAUCACCAGUUGCAGAGUAUAUGUGACUGAUUACUUGAAUGAAGUGUUAUAGAAACUCUAAUUAGUUAUUUUUUGUUUUUGCAAGGCUGCUGUGAUUUACCUUUUUUACUAUUUAUAAAAUGAAUUUUUAUGUUUA